AUGGAGGAUGAGCAUGCCGAAGAUGAAGAAGAUUUAGAUGUAAAAGAAGUUGACCCGAUGAACCUAAGGAUAGCAAGAAUAUAUGAGGGACCAGAUGAUGAAGAAUUCGAGCCAGUGGGUAGAGAUGGACAAAAUCUUGGCGACUUUAUGGAUAGUUAUGCACAAAUUAGGUCUGAUUAUGUUCAUGAUAGUCUUUGA